AGAGGCAAUCAGUUCAGUUGCGAUCUAGCGCUUGCCGUGAGUAGACUGCGCCACUCGUUUGCUUCGAACUUGUUCAUAAUUAGUUGAGUAAACAAAAAUCGAUAGGAAGAAGAAUGUCGUUUGUCAUCCGCAAAAUCAUCUCCACUGGCAAAUGUCCUAAGCCUUUGGCCCCUUAUAGCCAAGCGGUGGUUGCCGAUCGAACCGUGUACUGCUCGGGGGUCAUCGGUAUUGAGUUGGACGAACCGAAGCUAGUAACCGGUGGUGCUGCUGUGCAAACUGCCAAAGCUUUGGAACAUCUCACAAAUCUACUCGCCGAAGCUGGCUCCGGUAUCGAUAAGGUGGUGAAGACAACCGUUCUGCUAGCUGACAUGGAAGAUUACGCAGCUGUUAAUGAGGAGUACAAACGAGUUUUCGGAAGCAACUUUCCAGCGAGAACGUGUUAUGCCGUAUCGAAACUUCCUCUAGGUGCUGCUGUUGAGAUUGAAGCCGUCGGGAUUGUUGGAGACGUGAAACAUGAAAUGUGAAUGUUGAAAUGUGUGCAAGUUUUGCUCAAUAAAUAUAAAUCUCGUUUGCAAUCUUCCUCCAUUUAUGUUCAGUGUUACUAUCCGAGCAGUAACAUAA